UUUCCUUUUUCACUUUUUUUUACCUUUAAUUAUUCUCUCUCUCCACCAUUUCUUUUCUUCUUUAAAGUUUCAUAGAGAACCCAAAACCCACAAUCUAUUUUUGCCUUUCAUCCUUCUCAACCAUAAAAAAGAAGAGUUUAUUUUAUUUUUUUAAAAGUUGAGUUCUUUGUUGUUGCAUUCUUGUUUUAUUAGAAGAAACUGGUUCUUGAUCCAAAAGGGUAGGUGGGAAUUUGUUUGUUGGAUGCUAUAUUCUUGAUUAGUCUUCAGAUUUUUUUUUUAGGAGAACAAAAAAUGGCUUGUUUAUUGAAAACUGGUUUUUCUGUUCACUCUUCAAUUGGGGCUCUGCAAGUUACAGAUUUGACACCCAAUGAAUUUCUGGGCAAAUCUUUGGAUUUAUCAAAUCAGAAGAUUGGUUUUAGCCAUUUGAAUGUUAAACCUCCAAGACCCAUCUCAAUCAAUGCACAAGCAUCAAUUUGUGUUAGCAAAGCUUUAAGAUGGUGGGACAAGACCCUUAAACCCAACAUGGUAGAAAUCCAUUCAGCUAAAGAAUUAGCUGAUUCAUUGUUAAAUGCUGGUGACAGAUUAGUUAUAAUUGACUUUUAUUCCCCUGGUUGUGGAGGUUGCAGGACUUUACACCCUAAGAUAUGUCAACUGGCUGAUUCAAACCCAGAUGCCAUUUUUCUCAAAGUUAACUAUGAAGAACUCAAAUCCAUGUGUCAUGCUCUUAGGAUACAUGUUUUACCUUUCUUCAGAUUUUACAGAGGUGCAGAAGGCAAACUCUGUAGCUUUAGCUGUACUAAUGCAACUAUCAAGAAAUUCAAAGAUGCAUUGGGAAGGUAUGGGACUGAAAGGUGUAGUCUUGGUCCAGCAAAAGGGCUUGAUGAAUCUGAGUUGUUAGCUUUAGCUUCAAUAGGUCAAUUAUCAAGAAAUGAUGAUUAUGAUUAUCCAGUGAAGGAAGAAUUUGUGUUAUCAGGGUUGGAUUUAACUGAUAAUAAGAAUUUGGGGCUAAAAGAAAGUGCUGAAUUGUUGAUGGCUUAAAAUGGAGAUCUGGAUUAGAAGAUUAAUUCUUUUUUGGAGCAAAUUUGCUUUGAAAUUGUAAUUUGUAAAUAUUUAUUAUUGGUUUAAUAGGGUUUUCCAUAAAGCAGGGCUGGGUUUUUUUUUGGAUAAGCCCUUCUUGUUUGGUCAAUCUGUUCAUUGAUUUUGAAAUAAUGAUUAUGUUAUUUUAGAUUAAA